CAAAUCUCAUGCGGGCUGCACCGCACAAGCUCAAAGGUUUUAGGAACACUUUUACACGAUUCCCGUUGAUGUUGCUCCUAGCAGCAUUCGGGCUGAUUUAUCGCAUGUACGGUUCAAAUAUUGGUUCCAUUGAUGGACGGACUGGAUUUACACAUACAACACGGUGGGCCCCACAGAGCCUGGUUGAUUUAGACGAUUCCGCUCCUUCUACACCAGCGACCCCAGGCAAGUCGCUCGCAACCGUCCUUGUAACGCCACCCAGCAAACCCCAGCACUCUCCGCAAAUCAUUCCUUUCAUGGCACCGGCUCCAUCAAAGCUCUACUCCGACGAUGUCAGCCUUCUCGUCGUUGCGCUCGACACCAACCCUUUCUUCUGGGGAGGAGCAUCGUCAAACCCCAACACACCCUCUCUCUCCUUCUCCAGAUUCCUCAAUCACCUUCUCCCUUUCCUCAAUUCCAUUAUUCUCCUCCACCAACUCAACCAAGUCGUUGUGAUUGCCACUGGCGUCAAUUCCUGCGACUACAUCUACGACUCCUCGUCGCCGCCAAUGACAUCCGCCGCCUCUGAGAGCAGGAACAUGCCUAGCGUCUGCUCGGCAGUCCUGCAGAAUCUGGAGGAUUUCUUGAUCAGAGAUCGACAGAUUGGGAAGGAUGAAUUGGCAGCUGGGAAUGGGUCUUCGCUUCUUUCUGGAUCGCUGUCGCUGGCUCUUUGUUAUAUACAGAGGGUUUUCCGAGCUGGGCCACUUCAUCCGCAGCCCCGAAUCUUAUGCUUACAGGGAUCUCCAGAUGGGCCAGAACAAUAUGUUGCUGUAAUGAAUGCAAUAUUCUCAGCUCAACGUUCCAUGAUUCCUAUAGAUUCAUGUGUUGUCGGCAUUCAACACUCUGCCUUCCUUCAACAGGCCUCGUACAUAACAGGGGGUGUUUAUCUGAAGCCCCAACAUUUAGAUGGGUUGUUUCAAUAUCUUUCGAUGGUAUUUGCAACAGAUUUGCAGUCCCGAAGUUUUCUACAACUUCCAAAGCCUGUAGGGGUGGACUUCCGUGCCUCAUGCUUUUGCCAUAAAAAGACCAUCGACAUGGGCUACAUUUGUUCAGUUUGUUUGUCUAUAUACUGCAAACACCACAAGAAAUGUUCCACCUGUGGAUCUGUUUUCAAUCAGGCAAAUCCUGACCUUAACUCGACUCCGGACAGAAAAAGAAAGGCUCCGGAAUCUUAACCUCUCACUAGCACACUGAGCUGUCAUUCCGAGAUCAAGCUCCUUCAAUUCGUAGCCAGUUAAGAGGCUACCCAGUUUCAGUUCUCGAGUAUUUGUUCCCAUUCUGGAUUUCUUCCCUUAACUGUUACCUUUCACCUGCAGAUGGAACUGAAGGAGUUUGACAAUCAUGGUCAGCAGCAUCAUCAUAGCCUUUUACAAGCUAUCUGUGGUCUGCAUUCCAAUGACAGGAUAAGUUACCAAAACACUGCAGUUAUGGAACUUGCUGUUGCAAUCAAGGGAGUUUAGAAUCCAGUGGAGAGGCCGAAUCUGCAAUUCUCUUCAUCUAACUUUCAAGUGCUAGUCAGGAAAUGUCGAGUUUCCCAUUGAAUCUCAUGAGUCAAUGCGCAUUGACUGUCACUGGACUGGAGAGAUGAUGCAACCGAUACCAGCAGGCAAUUGAUUUCUGAAAGCAAAGUAAGCUUGUGUUGGGGGAAAUGUAAUGACAUCCAUAUGCUUCUGGGACUCUCAUUUCCAUUUAUUGAAGAACAGGGAGGCCCAUGUCACAUAUGUGGGUGAUUUCAUGA